UAUAACAAGUGUACAUACCGGUGCGAAUUUCGUUCAGUCCGCGAUUAACGUGUUACGAGUUGAUUCACUAGUGACGAUUAUGUCAUACAAAUAUUAUAUUAUAACUAUUAAUUUGAUAAUCAUCGAAUUAAUUUUUCACACAAACGGAUGUCCUCAUAUGUCAGAAGAUGCGAAGGCUGCUUACAAAUCAGGCGAGAUAUUGGAUCAAACGCCGGUCAUAACCUUGGACCAAAUAAAAAGGAAACUGAAGGAAAGCGAGGUUUUCGACUACGAGGAUCCGAGUAUUAAUGAACGAGAGAGAAAGGAACUGGCCAAGCUGUUUGAAGCUGUUGAAAUCAUGACAACUUCAAGGAACCGUCAGCCUUCAAGCGUUCAGAACGUGUUCUCGUCUUUAAGGCUAGUGGAACGAGCUGUUAAGAAACAACUUAAAGAGGGACAAGUAUCUGAGUCUCUAGCUUCCAAAUUUCAUUGGGACAAGCUAUCGACCCGACACAGAAGAGAAAAACCCUUUACAAUGGACGCGACGAAUAAAAUGAGAAUUUUCAAUACGAACGCCUGAUGAAAAAAUAUAGUUAUGUAAAGAAAUAUAUUAUUUGUUAAAUGUAUGACAAUAAAUAGGUUAGUGAUGUAA